AUGCGGCAUGGUUUCUAUUUCCCCUUCUUCCUCCUUUGGGAUGGAAGGCUUCUGGAGGGAAGCAAUGUGGAAAGGCAGCUUAUGAAGGACCUCCUUUCAAAUUACACUAAGGUUCUCCCCGUCGAGACACCCAAUACGGCAAUCGUGGUCUCCUUUCGGCUCAUUCUCUUUCGAAUCAUCGAAUUGGACGAUAGGAACCAGGCCCUCGUUACCAACGUGGAGGUCGUUCAACGGUGGAACGAUAUCCGAUUGAAAUGGAACGCAAGUGAUUACGGUGGAAUUCAGCAGACCAUGAUACCCUAUGACUCAAUCUGGACUCCGGACAUCAUCCUCUACAAUAGCGCGGCGAUGGACUACACCAAUCGGCUGCUGAUGACGAACGCAAUCGUGAACGCGACGGGCGAGGUGACCCUGCUCACGGCUGCCAUCUUCCGCUCUAUUUGCGACGUGGACGUCUCUUACUUCCCGUUCGACAUCCAGAAUUGCACGAUGCGCUUCAUGUCAUGGACCCAAGACAAGACCAGAGUUCAGAUGAAGCUGGACCACAACACAAUGAUCGAGUUAAAGACAUACAUUGAAAACGAGGAGUUCUCGCUGGAAUCUUAUGACGCCGAGCUGAGGGAGGAAGAGGAUCCGUGUUGUCCAAACCGUUUCUCUACGGUGGACUAUGUCAUUCGGAUGAAGCGCCGUGCUGCUUUUUUCGUCAUCAACUAUGUUCUCCCCAUGAUUGACAUCAACGUUAUUGCCCUGCUAACAUUCCUGGUACCGUGUGAGAGCGGGGAGAAGGUGACGCUGGGGAUCUCCACCAUGCUCACCAUCAUCUUCUUCCUCAUGAGCAUCCGCGAUGUCCUCCCGCCCUCCGAAAACCUCCCUCUCAUCGGGAAAUUCUACUUUGCGAGCAUCUGCCUGGUGUUACUGGAGGUGGCCCUUGCCAUCCUCACCCUAUUUCUCCAUCACUUGAAGGACAUCCGUGUACCCCCUUGGGUCCAGAAAAUGUGUCGAUUGUUGGCCAAACUAUCCUGCAUGAAGGAGCCACGAUUCCGCACCGUUCGUUUCUCUCCUCCUUCACCUGAUCCAGUGGAUGAGAUGGAGUUUAACCUGAGAUGGAUCUCCUCCCUCGUGGAAUACCAGAAUCGGGAAAGGGAAAUGGAGUUCUGGACCCACCGAUAUAAUCGUCUAGUGGAACUGGAGAAUUGGAGAACCGUUGCUGACAUCCUGGAUCGAAUCUUUCUUUAUCUCUUUUUGGCCCUCAACUUUUUCGUCACUAUCGGGAUUCUCUUUUCAUCUCCGACGAUUAGAUAA